CCAACCAACCCAAAUCUAUCUGGCUUUACAUUUAAAGAAACCCUAUAACUACGUAUUUCAACUCUAUAUAUACCUUAUUUCAGGGAAUGAACUACAAGGGGCCGCCUCAACCUCAAAACCAUCUAAUCCAUUGUCUCUUCCUUCAACAAUCCCUAGCUCACCAUGACAAGAAAAAAAAUUAAGCUUGCAUACAUAAGAGAUGAUGUUUCAAGAAAAGUCACCUUCAAGAAAAGGAAGAAUGGGCUGAUGAAGAAGGUAAGGGAACUUAGCAUUCUUUGUGGAAUUGAUGUAUCUGCUAUCGUUUAUAGCCAGUAUGAUACCAAACCAGAUGUUGGUUCGUGCCGAGAUGUAGCCCGACGAAUUGUCACAAGGUUUAAGCAGAUGCCGGAGAGGGACAAAAGCAAAAAUAUGCUGAAUCAAGAGAGUUUUCUUAGGCAGCAGAUACUUAAAGCUGAGGAGCAGUUGAAAAAACAAAUUAAGGAAAACCAAGAGAAGGAAAUUAUGGUACAAUCUAUGCGCGGGAGCCUCCCAGCUGACUGGUUGCAGAAUUUGAGUGGUACGGAUUUGAACGGCUUGUUGUUGUCGAUUGAGAAAAAUAUAGAAGCAAUUGAGGAAGAAAUGCAAGAGGGUUGACCAUUAGCAACAAUAAUUAAUGAGGUUGGAGGGGUAACGAAAAAGGGAGGAGAAAUGACGGGGUAUUAGGUUAUAUUAAAAUAAAUUUACCGCUCUUCUAUUUGGAUUUUCAUUAUAAUUUAAUUCGAAAAUUAUGUAGUGCAAUG